CGAGAAGUCUUACAUAGCGCGCCAAAUUUUAUGUUGAGGACUAUCUGCCAGGAAAUUGAGCCAUGGUACUUCAGAACAGCGGCAGGUACCAGGCAGACCGGAACCAAAACAGGGAUCCGGAGAACCAGCAAGAUGAUGCUACCACCCUUUCUGCCAUCAAAAGGCUGGAGCGCAGCCAGUUUACAGACAACAUGGAUGCCCGCUUUGGAUUUGAACGUAUGAAGGAGCCAGGAGAGAAGACAGGCUGGUUAAUAAACAUGCAUCCGACAGAGAUCCUGGAUGACGACAAACGAAUGGUCAGUGCUGUAGAUUAUUACUUCAUCCAGGAAGAUGGCAGUCGGUUUAAGGUUGCCCUUCCGUAUAAGCCAUAUUUCUAUUUAGCAACCAAGAAGGGCUGUGAGCGAGAGGUGAUCUCUUUCCUUUCAAAGAAGUACCAGGGAAAAAUUGCAAAGCUGGAAAUGUUACCAAAAGAAGAUCUUGAUCUGCCCAAUCACUUAGUGGGCCUGAAGCGAAACUAUAUAAAGUUGUCCUUCAAUACAGUUGAUGACCUUAUCAAAGUGAGACGCGAGAUCUCGCCUGCUGUGCGCAAAAACCGUGAGCAAGAGAAAUCCAAUGAUGCGUAUACAGCUAUGCUGUCCAGUGCCCUGGCAGGUGACAGUUUGACAGCAGCUGAUGAUGAGGGAACAUCUAAAAAAAUCACAGACCAGCUGGAUAACAUAGUGGAUAUGAGGGAGUAUGAUGUGCCAUACCACGUUCGGGUUUCAAUUGAUCUCAAAAUUCAUGUUGCCCAUUGGUACAACGUACGCUACCGCGGCAGUGCCUAUCCCUCAGAAAUUGUACGGAGAGAUGACCUUGUUGAACGACCAGAUCCUGUGGUACUGGCAUUUGAUAUUGAGACCACAAAACUGCCCCUGAAGUUCCCAGAUGCAGAAACUGAUCAGAUAAUGAUGAUCUCCUACAUGAUUGAUGCACAGGGAUACCUUAUUACAAAUAGGGAGAUUGUAUCUGAGGACAUAGAAGAUUUUGAGUUCACACCCAAGCCUGAAUAUGAGGGUCCUUUUACAGUAUUCAAUGAACCAGAUGAGGCCAGUUUGAUCCAGAGAUGGUUCGAUCAUGUAAUUGAGACAAAGCCCAAUGUAUUUGUCACGUACAAUGGAGACUUCUUUGACUGGCCCUUUUUAGAGACCCGUGCUGCUCACCAUGGUUUAAGCAUGUACAGUGAGAUUGGCUUUCAGAAAGACAGCCAAGGAGAAUACAAAUCUAGCCAGGCGAUCCAUAUGGACUGCCUCAGGUGGGUAAAGCGUGACAGUUACCUUCCAGUUGGAAGUCACAACCUGAAAGCAGCAGCAAAAGCUAAGCUGGGCUAUGACCCUGUGGAACUUGAUCCUGAAGAAAUGUGCCGCAUGGCUACAGAGGAGCCCCAGACACUUGCCACAUAUUCUGUGUCAGAUGCUGUUGCAACGUACUACUUGUACAUGAAGUAUGUGCAUCCUUUUAUCUUUGCCCUAUGCACCAUUAUUCCCAUGGAACCUGAUGAGGUCUUGCGGAAAGGUUCAGGAACAUUAUGUGAAGCCUUGCUUAUGGUGCAAGCCUUCCAUGCUAACAUUGUGUUUCCAAACAAGCAAGAGCAGGUCUUUAACAAGCUAACUGAUGAUGGACAUGUCCUUGACUCCGAAACAUAUGUGGGGGGCCACGUUGAAGCUCUAGAGUCGGGUGUUUUCCGCAGCGACAUUCCUUGUCGUUUCAAAAUGAAUCCUGCUGCCUUUGACUUUCUCUUGCAACGAGUGGAACUAACCAUGCGACAUGCCAUUGAGGAAGAGGAGGGAAUCCCUCUGGAUCAAGUCACUAACUUUAGUGAAGUGUGCAGUGAGAUCAAGAAAAAACUUGUGUCUCUGAAAGAGGUGCCCAACAGGAUUGAAUGCCCAUUAAUCUACCAUCUUGAUGUGGGAGCUAUGUAUCCCAAUAUCAUCCUCACUAAUCGACUACAGCCAUCUGCUAUGGUGGAUGAAGCGACUUGUGCUGCAUGUGACUUCAAUAAGCCAGGAGCUAACUGUCAGAGGAAAAUGACAUGGCAGUGGAGAGGAGAGUUCAUGCCAGCCAGUCGGAGUGAAUAUCAUCGUAUCCAGCAACAGCUGGAGUCUGAAAAGUUCCCGUCUCUCUUCCCCAAUGGUCCACCCCAAGCAUUUCAUGAACUGAGUCGUGAGGAGCAGGCCAAACAUGAGAAGAAGCGCUUGGCAGAUUAUUGCCGAAAGGCCUAUAAGAAGGUUCGCAGCACACGUGUGGAGGAGCGAGUAACCACCAUCUGCCAACGGGAGAACUCCUUCUAUGUGGACACUGUGCGGGCCUUCAGAGACCGACGUUAUGAGUUCAAAGGCCUGCACAAGGUAUGGAAAAAGAAGCUGUCUGCAGCACAAGAAAGUGGAGAUGCUGCCGAGGUGAAGCGUUGUAAAAACAUGGAAAUACUCUAUGAGUCACUGCAGCUUGCUCACAAGUGCAUCCUCAACUCAUUCUACGGCUAUGUUAUGCGUAAAGGGGCACGUUGGUAUUCCAUGGAAAUGGCUGGCAUUGUGUGUUUCACUGGGGCUAACAUCAUUACCCAAGCUAGGGAAUUGAUUGAGCAGAUUGGGAGACCCUUGGAGCUUGAUACAGAUGGUAUCUGGUGUGUCCUUCCAAACACCUUUCCAGAAAACUUUGUGGUUAAAUCAACUAAUGAGAAGAAGCCAAAAGUGACAAUCUCAUAUCCAGGAGCUAUGCUCAACAUCCUAGUCAAGGAGGGAUUUACUAAUCAUCAAUAUCAGGAACUUGUAGACCCAGCCACAUUAACCUAUGAGACACGCUCAGAAAAUAGCAUUUUCUUUGAGGUUGAUGGGCCGUACCUGGCCAUGAUCCUACCUGCCUCCAAAGAAGAGGGGAAAAAACUGAAGAAGAGGUAUGCAGUGUUUAAUGAGGAUGGUUCACUGGCUGAGCUGAAAGGAUUUGAAGUAAAACGCAGGGGGGAGCUGCAGCUCAUAAAGAUCUUUCAGUCUUCUGUUUUUGAAGCCUUUCUCAAGGGUACCACACUUGAGGAAGUCUAUGCCUCUGUGGCUAAGGUAGCAGAUUACUGGCUGGAUGUGCUGUAUAGUAAGGCUGCCAACAUGCCAGACUCUGAAUUGUUUGAGUUAAUCUCCGAAAACCGAUCCAUGUCACGUCGCCUAGAAGACUAUGGUGACCAGAAAUCCACAUCAAUAAGCACAGCCAAGCGGCUGGCGGAAUUCUUGGGUGAUCAAAUGGUGAAGGAUGCAGGGCUAAGUUGUCGCUAUGUUAUCUCCCGCAAGCCAGAGGGGUCCCCUGUCACAGAAAGAGCAAUUCCACUUGCCAUUUUCCAGGCUGAAACCAGCGUCCGUAAGCACUUUUUGCGCAAGUGGCUGAAGACUCCUGCUUUGCAAGAUUUUGACAUACGCAUGAUCUUGGAUUGGAAUUACUAUAUAGAGAGACUGAGCAGUGCCAUCCAGAAAAUUAUAACUAUUCCUGCAGCCCUACAACAGGUGAAAAACCCUGUUCCAAGAGUCAGACAUCCUGACUGGCUUCAUAAAAAGCUCUUGGAAAAGAAUGAUAUCUAUAAACAGAAGAAAAUCAGUGAACUGUUUAUCAGUGAUGGAAGAAGACAGGUGGCGUCGCAUCAAGUGGUGGAAAGCAGCCAAUGUUCAGAGAAUGGGGAUGUUCCAGACAUGGAAGAUCUAGUGAAAAAAAGGGGCAUUUUGAAACCAGCCAUCCCCAUUACCACUAAGCGUAAGCGAGUGGAGUUUGCAGAUGAAAGUCAGACGGAGACUCAGGAGCUGGCACUCACCCAGUCAUGGAGGGAGAUUUUGGGACCUCCACCUCCAACUGGAAACACACGAGAGGAGCGACUUGUCUGGCUCCGGUUUCACAAGAAGAAGUGGGAGCUUCAAGCCCGUCAGCGGCGGGAGCGCAAUAAGAAGCGCCGUCUUGCAGAUGGAGAGCCACUUCCAGCAGGUGGUGGAGCUAUCCGAGGUGGUCCAAGCACUGGAUUGGGUAGCUUUUUGAGGAGAACUGCUCGUAGCAUUCUAGACAUGCCCUGGCAAAUAGUUCAGAUUGCAGAGACAAGUCAACCAGGCCUGUUCAAACUGUGGGCAGUGAUUGGCACCGACCUCCACUGUAUGAAACUCAACAUCCCGCGAGUUUUCUAUGUGAAUCAGCGUGUGCCUAAACAGGAUGAUGGAGCACUUUACAGAAAGGUUAACCGGAUUCUGCCACGUUCAAAUGUGGUGUACCAUCUAUAUCAGUAUUCAGUACCUGAAGACAUGUAUCAGGAACAUAUCAAUGAGAUCAACGCAGACCUCUCUGCACCAGAUAUUGAAGGUGUCUAUGAGACACAGGUCCCCUUGCUCUUUAGGGCUCUAGUUCAGCUUGGAUGUGUCUGCAUGGUAAAUAAACAGCUGGCUCAACAGAUUGCUGGCAGAGAGGCUGACACCUUUGACCUAGAACACCUGGAGAUGAGAUCAUUGGCUCAGUUUAGCUACCUGGAACCUGGCAGCAUCAGACACAUCUAUUUGUACCAUCAUGGACAUGGCAACAAGGCACUGUUUGGCCUCUUCAUUCCAUCCCAGAGAAAGGCCAGUGUCUUUGUUCUGGACACAGUUCGAAGCAAUCAAAUGCCUAAUCUGACGGCUCUUUACUCAGCUGAAAGGUUGGCACUUGUUGACAAAGUUGGUGAAGAAUUGAUGCCACCGGACAAACACAAUUUUGAAGUGCGAGCUGAGAAUGACCCCAAAACUGUCUAUCGUGCACUUCAGAGAGCUCUUCUAAACUAUAAGGAUGAACGUCGUGGUCCCACUUUGAUUGCCAUCCAAUCUAACUGGGACUUAAAGCGCCUAUCAAGUGGAAUGCCAGUUUUAGAAGAAUUUCCUGUUGUACCAGUACAUGUGGUUGAUGAGAUCAGUUACAGUGUUUUGGACUGGCAACGCCAUGGGGCACGAAGAAUGCUUAGACACUACCUCAAUCUAGACAGCUGCUUAUCACAAGCCUUUGAAAUGGCUAGAUACUAUCAUCUGCCAGUGGGUAAUCUUCCAGAAGACAUGUCCAUUUUUGGUUCAGACUUGUUCCUAGCACGUCAUCUCAACCGUCACAAUCAUUUACUGUGGCUGUCACCCACUGCUCGUCCGGACCUUGGUGGUAAGGAGGCUGAUGAUAGUCGUCUAGUGAUGGAAAGUGAUGAAAAGAGCUCUGUGGAAAUCAAUUCGCCUGGAUGUUAUUCUACAGUUUGUGUAGAGCUGGACUUGCAGAGCCUAGCAGUCAAUACCAUCCUGCAGUCUCAACAUGUCAAUGAUAUGGAGGGAUGUGCCAGCCUUGGAGUGAGCUUUGAUGUGAUCCAGACAGCCUCCCUAGAAGAUAUGAUGGCAGGAAAUCAAGGAACCAACUCUCUUGCCAGUUAUGAUGAGACUGCCCUAUGUUCUAAUGCUUUUAGGAUUCUGAAAAGCAUGGUGGUUGGCUGGGUGAAGGAAAUUACCCAAUAUCAUAAUGUCUUUGCUGACAAUCAAGUGAUGCACUUCUAUCGCUGGCUGAGGUCACCCACCUCAUUAAUGUAUGACCCUGCACUGCAUCGCACUCUGCAUAACAUGAUGAAGAAAGUCUUCCUUCAGUUGGUUGCAGAAUUUAAGCGGUUGGGCUCCAAUGUUGUCUAUGUCAACUUUAACAGAAUCAUUCUAUGCACCAAGAAACGCAGGAUAGAGGAUGCCAUUGCAUAUGUUGAAUACAUAACAAAAAGUAUUCAUUCACGAGAGAUUUUCCAUUCUCUCUCCCUCUCCUUCUCUCGUUGCUGGGAGUUCUUGCUAUGGAUGGAUUUAGCCAACUAUGGAGGAAUUAAAGGGAAGCUGCCAUCCAGUGUGCUGUAUGGAGAGGAACAAGAAGGCAGAUCAGCAAGACAGCAACAAGAUGGUGAUGAAGAUAGUGAGGAUGAGGAUGAGACCACCGACAGACCUGAAGAAGGUGAUGAAGAUAACGAUGUAGAAGAUGACAAUGUGGAAGACUUGAUAGAGAGCAACUGGAACAUCAUGCAGUACCUGCCACAGGUGGCAUCCUGUCAGAAUUAUUUUCUGAUGAUCAUUUCUGCAUAUAUUGCGGCCAUCUAUCACAGCAUGAAAGAGGAGCUGAGACGAAAUGCUCCUGGAGCCACUCCUAUUAAGAGGAGAGGUGGGAGUCAGAUUUCUCAAGAGCCAUUGGGAGAUGCCAAUGCUUUACCUGGGAUGAUAACCUUCUCCCAGGAGUAUGUGUGCAGUGAGCUCACCCAGAAUUUCUUCACCAUCACCCAGAAGAUCCAGAAAAAAGUAACGGGCACCAGACAUGCAACUGAACCUUCAGAGCUUUUCCCUGUGCUCCCAGGGUCCCAUCUACCACUCAGCAACCCUGCACUGGAAUUCAUUAAAUAUGUAUGCAAGGUCCUGUCACUUGAUGCUAACAUCACUAAUCAGGUGAACAAGCUCAAAAGAGACCUCCUGAGACUUAUAGAUGUGGGUGAGUUCUCUGAAGAAGCCCAGUUUAAAGACCCCUGCCAAUCCUAUAUCCUGGCAGAAGUCAUCUGUCGUCAUUGUAAUUUUUGUCGAGACCUUGACCUCUGCAAAGAUCCCUCAGUGGUUCAGGAAGGUUCUGUUACACAGCAGUGGUUCUGCUCCAACUGCCACAACCCAUACGAGACCGAUAACAUUGAGAUGGCACUUGUGGAGGCAUUACAGAAGAAAUUAAUGACUUACACUCUCCAGGACCUGGUUUGCAUGAAGUGUAAAGGGGUGAAAGAAGCUAAUAUGCCAAUCUACUGCAGCUGUGCUGGAGAUUUCACUCUUGCAUUCUCUACAAAGGGCUUUUCGGAGCAACUUGGCGUCUUUCAAAACAUAGCCAGUCACUACAACAUGCCUUUUCUAAAGGAGACCAUCACAUGGCUAUUGCAGAUGAGCCCUCAGCUAAGCAAAGAAAAGGCUUGAUUGACGUCGUCAUUAAAAAGCAAUCCUUGGCAAAGUGACUUUUUUUUUUCCUUCAGUUACCACCUAAAUGGACAGUAAGCUCAGAACCGUGCUUGCAUGAAAAUGACUAAGGAGGAGUAUAUUUAAAGGCAAGCGUUUUCAGAUGAAUCUCGAUCUGCAGAAUUUACCCCACGGUCUCUUGCA